AUGCUGUCUCCAUCGUCUCUGAAGCCCUCAGCUCCGUCAGCAUCUCUUCUCCGGUUUCUACGUUCACAAUCCGAUUCCUUCUUUUUCACAGCCAACCCAACCACUUGCGGGCGGUCUCUCAAUGACCCCCAACCUCAGCCUCAAUCUCAUGCCUUUCCGCUGAGCAGGACAUCCGACAGCAGGACAUCCGACUGGACGCAUAUUGAUCCUGCACCGUGCCGGGCGACCCUGGAAGCAAGCCUGAUUCCUUUCCCCGGCCUUUCAGUUAGAACUCGCGGUAUUACACGAUGUCGGGCGUCGCUGGCUCAACGCUCUUCAACAAGCCCGUUCUUUCCUCCCAGUGCGCAGUCUUCACGCGCUUCGUCCACAAAGAGCAAGGGUCUAUGGCGUCGACUUUUCGAUUUUAAACGGAACAAGGCUGCCGAGAACAAACACUUCGUCCGGCAUCCGCCUGCACUGAUCAGUGAAGGUACAGAGGGAAGCUUCAACAUUGGUCGCGGAUUAGUAGCCAAGGCCUCGAAUGAACCGCGCCUGCGAUGUACGGAGUUCGACAGCAAUGGGGAUGUGACUCUUGUCAACGGCGAAUUCAAGAAAAGCGAGCUGAUUGCCAAGUAUGGACUUCUUCCUCGAGACUUGCGCAAAAUCGACUCGUCAACUUUGCCUCAUAUCCUUGUACGACCGAGCGCCAUCCUUAUCAAUCUCCUACACCUGCGGGUCCUUAUCAAGGCCGAUCGCGUCCUUGUGUUUGAUGCGUACGGAUCGACAGAUUCAUACAUGCAGUCAUUAUUUGUGUACGAUCUUGAAGGAAAGCUACGACAGAAGCAGUCGCCGGGUGCAGGUGCUUUGCCUUACGAAUUGCGGGCGCUAGAAGCUGUCUUGAUCAGUGUUACAAGUGGCCUAGAGGAGGAGUUCAACGGCGUUAGAGAUCCGGUUGUGAGCGUGCUUCGGGCUCUGGAGGAAGAUAUUGAUCGCGACAAGCUCAGACAUCUCCUCAUCUACUCCAAGAAGCUGGGUACGUUCGAACAAAAGGCUCGUCUCGUGCGUGAUGCCAUCGACGAUCUGUUGGAGGCAGACGAUGACCUCGCUGCAAUGUACCUCACUGAGGGCUCGAAGGGUAUUCAGCGCGAGGAAGACGAUCAUCAGGAAGUCGAGAUGCUUUUGGAGUCGUACCACAAGGUUUGCGACGAAAUUGUUCAGGCUAGCGGCAAUUUGGUGACCGGAAUUCGCAAUACCGAGGAGGUUGUCAAGGCGAUCCUUGACGCCAACCGCAACUCUCUCAUGCUGCUAGACCUCAAAUUCAGCAUUGGAACUCUCGGACUCGCAACAGGAACUCUCUUCUCCGCCCUUUACGGAAUGAACUUGAAAAACUUCAUCGAAGAAUCAGACCUGGGAUUCGGCGCAGUGUCCGUCACAUGCUUUGCCAUCACAAUCGUUGUCUGUGCCUACGGCCUCGCCAAGCUGCGCAAGCUUCAACGCGUCCGGAUGUGGGGCGAAUCUGGCUCCGGCAGCGCAUCCAUGGUUCCUCUACCCACCAGAGGCGGUGCUCUCACCGGCCAUCGGCCGAACUGGCGAGCAGAUACCAUCGAACCCGUCUGGGGUAGCCUCCCCGGCGAAGGGCGUAUGGAGCGGAUGAAGCGCAUCAGAGACAAUGCAGCUGCAGCUGCAGGCCGGACUGCGACCCUCAAGACCGCCAGUGCGCCUCCGAAGCCAGCAGGCGACGGGUCCAAAGGACCAGAGCAAUCCUAA